AUGCUGAAUCAAACCUCAGUCACUGAAUUUCUCCUCCUGGGAGUCACAGACAUCCAAGCACUGCAGCCUUAUCUCUUCGUGGUUUUCCUUGCAAUUUAUGUAGUCACCGUGAUUGGGAAUGGAGCCGUCCUAUUGGUUGUCGUCUCUGAUCCAAGACUUCACUCACCCAUGUAUUUCUUCCUGGGAAAUCUGUCAUGUCUGGAUAUCUGCUACUCCACAGUGACACUGCCAAAGAUGCUGGAGAACUUCCUCUCUACACACAAGGCAAUUUCCUUCUUGGGAUGCAUAAGCCAGCUUCACUUCUUCCACUUUCUGGGCAGCACGGAGGCCAUGCUCUUGGCCGUGAUGGCCUUUGACCGCUUUGUGGCCAUCUGCAGGCCACUUCGUUACUCUGUCAUCAUGAAUUACCAGCUCUGUACCCAGAUGGCCAUCACUGUCUGGACCAUUGGCUUUUUCCAUGCCCUGUUGCACUCCACGAUGACCUCUCGCUUGAACUUCUGUGGUUCUAAUCUGAUCCAUCACUUCUUCUGUGAUGUCAAGCCUUUGCUGGAGUUGGCCUGUGGAAACACAGAGCUCAACCAGUGGCUUCUCAACACAGUUACUGGGACCAUUGGCAUGGCCCCUUUCUUCCUAACACUUCUCUCCUACUUCUCCAUUAUCACCUCUCUUUUCUCCAAGACCCACUCCUGUAACGCUCUCCACAAAGCACUGUCCACGUGUGCCUCUCACUUCAUGGUGGUCAUUGUUUUCUAUGCUCCUGUUGUCUUCAUUUACAUCCGUCCUGCCUCAGGCAGCUCCAUGGACCAGGAACUGAUCGCUGCCAUCAUGUACACUGUGGUGACCCCUGUGCUGAACCCACUGAUCUACACACUGAGGAACAAGGAUGUGAAGGCUGCCUUGAGUAGUGUCUUCAGAAGGAGGGCCAACAUAGCCAUGUCUAGAGCAACUUCUAGGACAGGAACCAACAGGUAA